UAUGUGCUAGGGAUUAACCACGGCCUGAAGAUGGGGAUAGUAUUGCUUUUAGUGACAGGCUACUGCGGGGCUGCAGCUGGAUACUAUUGUGCUGCCCUGUUGUUGCUGUGCUGGAAACCCCGUACUGACUUUCUGAAGGGACCCAAGAUGGCUGAAUGGUCACAGGGACUGUAGUUAACAAUUAUCUAGAUAAGCGAUAUGAUGGAAAUGAAUGACAAAUAAUGUUAGUAUGUGAAACAUAACAUUGGGGGGAGUUAUACGAUUACAGCUUGAUGGUCUUCCUCAUUUUGAAAUGCAAGGACACCCAGUGAGGAGAGAGACGGAUUUCUCCGCGGCCCGGAGCCAGAACAUGGCGGAACACUUGGGAAAGAAAUAGCUAGCUAGCAGCUAACGUAUUAUAGAAAGCCGUAUAGCUGAUCAGAAAAGUCGGGCUACAUUUAACGACACUGGUUGCGGUUCGUAAACGGGCAAUAAUGUAACCGGUGUAUGGUAUUUGUCGAUGUAUAAUAAUGUACUGUUUUCAUAAGAUGUUGAAUGUAGCAAGGCAGUUAGCCGACUAGCUAGCUAACGUGCUAGCUAGUUAGCUCCGGUAGAUAGCUAGCUAGCUAGCAUAUAGCAAUUAUCUCAGUGUACUAUAGCUGAAGUCCUCCAACAUAGUAUAUUUGUAAUAUUACACGGAAUGUUUCCCAUUCGAACCUAGUUUAUAUACGUAUUAUUUGGUCUAUGGUUGUACUGUUUGUGUAGCUAGUUUCUGAAGGAGACUGUCGGUAGCUAGCUAACCGAUCUGCUAGACAGUGCGAACGGACGCGACGUAAGCUUUUUGGUCUGAGCGAGGCAAGUUUUGUGGUUGCCAGCUAGCAUCUGUAACAAGCUACACAUAGCGAACUGUGAUAACUAGCUAGUUAAUCUAGUUUUUUUUUAAACUCUUCUGACUAAGUUGAUCUACGGUAGUUGAUCCUCACAACCACCAUACUAGGCAGUCGGUAGUUGGCGCGUUGCGGAGCAAGGUAAACAGAAGUCGGCUGGGGAAAGCGGUCACGACCACCUGCCAAGAUGACGGACACCCGCCGCCGAGUCAAAGUUUAUACGCUCAACGAGGACAGACAAUGGGACGACCGCGGCACCGGACACGUCUCCUCGGGCUAUGUAGAGCGGCUGAAAGGCAUGUCUCUGCUGGUGCGAGCGGAGAGCGAUGGUGAGUCAGGUUCCCUGCUGCUGGAGUCGAAGAUAAACCCAAACACAGCCUACCAGAAACAACAGGACACGUUGAUAGUAUGGUCGGAGGCUGAGAACUAUGACCUGGCCCUCAGCUUCCAGGAGAAGGCUGGCUGCGAUGAGAUCUGGGAGAAAAUCUGUCAGGUCCAGGGCAAGGACCCAUCGGUGGACAUCACCCAAGAGCUGGUGGAUGAGUCGGAGGAGGAGCGCUUCGACGACAUGUCCUCCCCGGGGCUCGAGCUCCCACCCUGUGAGCUGGGCCGCCUCGAGGAGCUCGCAGAACUUGUGGCCUCCUCCCUCCCCUCGCCCUUACGCCGUGAGAAACUGGCCCUGGCUGUGGAGAACGAGGGCUACAUCCGCAAGCUCCUGGAGCUCUUUCGCCAGUGCGAGGACCUGGAGAACGCCGACGGCCUCCACCACCUCUAUGAGAUCGUCAAGGGCAUUUUCCUGCUGAACCGCACGGCACUGUUCGAGGUUAUGUUCUCAGAGGAGUGCAUCAUGGACGUGAUUGGCUGCCUGGAGCACGACCCGGUGCUGGGGGCUGCGCCGCGGCGCCACCGUGACUUCCUCACCAAGACUGCCCGCUUCAAGGAGGUGAUCCCCAUCGGCGACCCUGAGUUGCGCGCCAAGAUCCACCAGACGUACCGGGUGCAGUACAUCCAGGACAUGGUGCUGCCCACGCCGUCGGUGUUCGAGGAGAACAUGCUCUCCACGUUGCACUCGUUCAUCUUCUUCAACAAGGUGGAGAUCGUGGGCAUGCUGCAGGACGAUGAGAAGUUCCUGACAGACCUCUUUGCACAGCUCACAGACGAGGCCACAGACGACGACAAGCGAUACGAACUGGUAAACUUCCUAAAGGAGUUCUGCGCCUUCUCCCAAACGUUACAACCUCAAAACAGAGAAGCCUUCUUCAAGACGCUGUCGAACAUGGGCAUUCUCCCUGCACUAGAGGUGGUACUGGGGAUGGAUGAUGUGCAGGUGCGAGGUGCGGCCACUGAUAUCUUCUCCUAUCUGGUGGAGUACAACCCCUCUAUGGUACGAGAGUUUGUCAUGCAGGAGUCCCAGCAGAACGACGACGACAUUCUGCUGAUCAACCUGAUCAUCGAGCACAUGAUCUGUGACACGGACCCCGAGCUGGGCGGCGCCGUGCAGCUGAUGGGCCUACUGCGCACCCUGGUGGACCCUGAGAACAUGCUGGCUACCGCCAACAAAACGGAGAAGACUGAGUUCCUAAGCUUCUUCUACAAGCACUGCAUGCACAUCCUCUCUGCUCCUCUACUGGCCAACACCACAGACGACAAACUCAGCAAAGAUGACUUCCAGACGUCUCAGCUGCUGGCUCUGAUCCUGGAGCUGCUGACGUUCUGCGUGGAACACCACACCUACCACAUCAAGAACUACAUCAUCAACAAGGACGUCUUACGCCGUGUCCUGGUGCUCACCGCCUCGCAGCACGCCUUCCUGGCCCUUUGCGCGCUGCGCUUCAUGCGGCGGAUCAUUGGUCUGAAGGACGAGUUUUACAACCGCUACAUCAUAAGGAACUUCCUGUUUGAACCCGUGGUCAAGGCCUUCCUCAACAACGGCGCACGCUACAACCUCAUGAACUCAGCCAUCAUAGAGAUGUUUGAGUAUGUCCGCGUGGAGGAUGUGAAGUCCCUGACGGCCCACAUAGUGGAGAACUACUGGAAGGCUCUGGAGGACGUGAACUAUGUGCAGACCUUUAAAGGACUGAAGCUGCGCUACGAACAGCAGAGGGAGAGGCAGGACAACCCCAAACUGGACAGCAUGAGGUCGAUCCUGAGGAACCACAGGUUCCGUCGGGACGCGCGGACGUUGGAUGACGACGAGGAGAUGUGGUUCAACGCGGACGAGGACGAGCUGGAGGACGGCGAGGCGGUGGUGCCUCCCUCGGACAACAAGACCACCAAGAGUAGCGCCGGCGCCGGCGAGAACGAAGACCUCAUGGACCCCAUCAGCAAGUUCAUGGAGAGGAAGAAACUGAAAGACUCAGACGAGAAGGAAGUUCUGGGCAAGUCCAGUAGUCUGUCGGGCCGCCAAAGCCCCAGCUUCAAGCUGUCCUUCUCCGGCUCCACUACCAAAACCAGCCUGUCCAGCCCGCCUCCCUCUGCCUCGUUGCACCCCGGCUCGCCAGGCUCUCCAGGAUCACCAGGAUCAGGGGCCAAGGGCUCGCCCCCGACAGCAGUCGCCACAAAGGGAGGUCUGGUGGGGCUGGUGGACUACCCCGAUGACGACGAGGAAGACGAAGAGGACGUGAGCGGCGAGAGUAAAGAGGAGACUCCUCCCCUGUCCAAGAAGUCCAAGCUGAGCUCCUAAAAAUAAUAAUAAUAAUAAUAAUAAAAUAAAAAAAACGUUAAUGUUGUUGUUCUCUCUCGCUCCGAGCGCCAGACUAUUUCCCACCGAUCCCACGAUAGGCACAGAAACUAACAAAAACUGUUAAAACCAUGAAUGACUUCACCCCCUUGGUUUUUUUAAAUGGGGGCUCUUGUUGAGGAGCGGACUAUGAAUGGAAACGCGUCUCCUCGGACUAAUCCCAAUAUACAAGUGCCAAUCGGGAGGCCGCGGAGCUAGGAGCGAACGCAGAGAACGAAUGGACGAGAGAGGAAGGCGUGGAGAAAUGACCAUCUCCAAUAUUACCGUCAGAUGAAAGGGGCGGACUGACGAUAAAUAAUUAAAUAAAGCUAAAAUACCGGAAAAAUAGACACAUUUAUCCACACACACACACUCGCAUACAAACUAAAACCCCAAAGAGCUUAUUGGCUCAGACCAUGACCCACUGCCCCACCCCCAACCCCCCACUCAGGGAAGGACAUCGCAACGACCCCCAAAAUGGGGCCGGCCAAUCCAGACGCAGAACCACCACUCACCCCCUACGCUGACUCCUCCUUCAUCCAGCUCCUUUUUUUUCUGUCUCUCCUCCCUCCGCUACAUUUCCCCCCUUUUUCUCUCUCCGUUUUUUUGUUUGUUUUUAGGUUGUUUUUUUUUUAAAGAUGUUAGUUUCUAGGACCAGACGGGAGACGGCAGACACCGGCGCGGCAAAAAUGUUGUCUGUUUUUCGUUUUGAUGAUGUCAUUGUCGUCGUUCAGAGGGAAGUUCUUCCUCUUGAUUCGAAAAAAGACAUUUCUUAUUUUGUCUUUUUACUCUCUUUUUGUCUCUGUCUCUCUCUCGCUCUCUCUCGUUCUCUCUCUCUCUCGCUCUCUCUCGUUCUCUCUCUCUCUCCCCCUCUCCUGUUUUUGUAAACAACCCAGCCUUUACAUGUUCAGGACAUUUUCAGUCGCACUUGAACAGGUUUUUAAAGACCUCAGUAGGUUGAGCUAGUUUGACCCUUUUUUGCCCUUUGAAACUGCAGAUUUUUUGGGAAAAAGAAUUUGUAAUCCCGUCUUGAUUAAAGAUUGAGUGGAAUUGUAGAUGUGAUCAAUUUUGUCAUAUCUUCGCUUCUUUUUUGUUUUCUUUUACAUAAGUGUAUACUUAGUUGUUCAGAAAUAUUUGGGACCAUUAAAAAUGAUCUUUGCUGUA